CAAAAUUGUUAUAGCUAAUAUAGUCUAUUAAUUUCUAGAAUAUUAGUAAUAGUAUUAUUAAAUAGGCAACAACUUUGCCAAUUGACUUGAAUCUGAUCAACUCUCAAGUAUUCUAUAUAUAUCAAGUUUUUCUCUCUAUGUAAAACCCAAACGUAAAAACUUCUGAUUAGCAACAUAGUAAUCUCUUUGAUUAGCAACAUAUCAAUGACAAAAUCCAUUACUGUUUUGCAAAGUUGUACAGGUAUGAAUAAUGCCUGCAUGUCCCAUUAUAGGUCUGAUAAUCCCUCUUUAUUAUACACUACAAGUAGUUUUAGCCUGAAAGAAAUGAAUCUCAAAUGCUUUGGAGGCCAUUUGUCACUUCUCAGCUCCAGAAAGGGGCUUCUAAAUGGUGCUACAAUUAAGAGGAAGUUUGUGGUUUGCAGCAAUGGUUCCCUGCCUUCUCCACCCUCUUCAAAUCCCUUUAGUGGCUGGGUUGUAGGCAUCUUACUAUCAAUAGCUUUACCAUUCUUCCGCUUCAAAUGGGGCUCAUUAUUGCAACUCAAAAAUAAAGUGGAAGACGUAAUAGAAACAGUUGAAGAUGUAGUAGAUGGGGUGGAGAAAGUGGCUGAGACAAUAGACGAAGUGACUGAAAAUAUUGCAAAUGCUUUACCAGAAAGCCAACUCAAAAAUGCUCUCAAAACUAUUGAAAAUUUCUCAGAAGAUACAGCCAGGGCUGCUCAUGCUGCUGGAGAUUUCAUUGAUCAGAUGCAGGGGGAGGACGUAGAGUUGGUUGAAGAAGUUGUUGAUUUGCCAAAAGAGCAACUCAAUGUUUUAUCAGAGAAAACAGCCAAGGUUGCUCAUGCAGCUGAAGAUUUGAAAGAUAAGGUAAAAGAGGUGGAGGUUAAAGUGGAGGAGAUCCCAGUGAAGUCGUUGGUUGAAACAGUUAAAGAGGAAGUCAAUAAGUCUACAUUAGUAGAUGUUCUAGAUAUUACUAAUAAUUCAAAGAAAUAACAAACUCCUAAUAAGAAUAUAGAUCACUCUAUGUUCUAUGAAAUAUCUCAUUAAAUUUCAUAUUAA